AUGAGCACUACGACCACUACCACUACAUCUCCAAGCACAAUAAUGAUCGAGGGUGCAGGGGCUGCAAGUACAAUAGGUUCCCGACCAACCCAACAAGACCAGUAUACAUUCCUCCUCCCAGAGAACUUCUUAACAAAAUCAGGCGACAAGAUAGCCUUCUUCGCAGUUUACGACGGACACAAAGUAUCCAAACACGCCAACGAAAACAUACUGCGCUUUUUACAAGAAAGCCCGGAACUCGAAUCUGGUCGGUACGAAGAGGCCAUCAAAGAAGCGAUCAAGAAAGAGGAAGCGGAGCUACUGAAAGACUUCCGCGACGGCGAGGAGCAAUUCGCGACGUCGGGGUCGACUGCUGCUUUGGCCUUGGUCAAUUUGACCCAGGGUUUCCUGGUCAUUGGGAAUCUGGGCGAUUCGCAUAUUCUAAUGGCGGAUUAUACUAGUUCGAGUGAGGGAGCUACUAAUAUCCGUCGGAUAACGAGGUCACAUAAACCGGGCGAUUCAGACGAGAAGAAUCGAAUCAUGGAUGCCGGGGGUAUGGUUAACACUGAUAGUGGGACAGAAAGGCUAGGCUCCCUGAACAUGUCUCGAGCACUGGGUGAUCUCCAAUACAAGGACCCUCUCAUUAACUCGGGGACGGGGCCGCUCAAUGAAGCGCAGAUACGGGCUGAUGUCUCGUCUUCUAUCGAUCAAUGGAAUCUUUUAUCCAAUGAGCCGUAUCUGUCACGAGUCGACUUGAAUGAUGGGAGUCAGCACGUUUUAAUCUUGACCUCGGAUGGCGUGACUAACAGCCUUGAAGAUGAGAUUAUGGUGCACGGGUUAUUGACGUGCUACCGGUCUGGGUUAAAUGCAACAGAGUCUGCGAAAUAUAUUGUUGACGAGGCUGCGGAUGUGCCGGGUAGUGAUAAUGCGACUUGCAUUGCAGUUUUCAUUGGUGGUGCGUCAUGA